AUGGCUCUCUACUGCGGCGACAACUUCGGCGUCUACUCGCAGCCCGGCCUGCCCCCGCCUGCCGCCGCCGCCGCCCAGGGCGCCCCUCCGGCCGCCAGGGCGCCCUACGGGCUGGCAGACUACGCCGCGCCGCCCGCCGCCGCCGCCAACCCCUACCUGUGGCUCAACGGGCCGGGCGUGGGCGGCCCGCCCGCCGCCGCCGCUGCUGCCGCCGCCGCGGCGUACCUGGGCGCCCCGCCGCCGCCGCCUCCCCCGCCCCCCGGGGGCGCCGCCGGGCCCUUCCUGCAGCCGCCCGCCGCCGCCGGCACCUUCGGCUGCGCGCAGCGGGCCUUCGCUCAGCCCGCGCCCGCCGCGCCCGCCUCGCCCGCGGGGCCCGCCGCGCCCGGGGAGCUGGGCUGGCUGUCCAUGGCCAGCCGCGAGGACCUGAUGAAGAUGGUGCGGCCGCCCUACUCGUACUCGGCGCUCAUCGCCAUGGCCAUUCAGAGCGCGCCCGAGCGCAAGCUCACGCUCAGCCACAUCUACCAGUUCGUGGCCGACAGCUUCCCCUUCUACCAGCGCAGCAAGGCCGGCUGGCAGAACUCCAUCCGCCACAACCUGUCGCUCAACGAUUGCUUCAAGAAGGUGCCCCGCGACGAGGACGACCCAGGGAAAGGGAAUUACUGGACCCUGGAUCCGAACUGUGAGAAAAUGUUUGACAAUGGGAACUUCCGUCGGAAGCGCAAGCGCCGCUCGGAAGCCAGCGGCACCUCCACGGUGGCCGCAGGGACCACAAAAUCAGAAGAAGGACUCUCCUCGGGACUGGGGUCCGGCGUGGGUGGGAAGCCCGAAGGAGACAGCCCCCCUGCAUUGCUAAGGCCGCCCCAGUCCCCAGAGUCCCCCGAGGGCGCCAAGAGUACUGCCUCCUCCCCGGGAGGGUCCCUGCUCUCCUCCGCCCCUUGCCUCAACACCUUCUUCAGCAGCCUGAGCACCCUGAGCGUCAGCAGCAGUGGGAACACCCCGCGGGCAGUCCCUACCGGCCGCCACCUAGGGAUCCAGGGGGGCCCCCUGGCCUCCAGCAGCACGUUUCCCGCCAGCUCCGUCCCGGAAGCCCCACCAGACAGCUUGCCACUGAGCAACGGUGCCAGCAACGGCAGCAGCAGCCAGAGGUCCUCCUACUACAGCCCCUUCCCCGCCAGCAGCGGCGGGGGUCAGAGCAGCCCGUUCAGCAGCUCCUUCUACAACUUCAGCAUGGUCAACAGCCUCAUCUACCCCCGCGAGGGCUCCGAGGUCUAGGACAGCCUGGGACAGCCGCCCUCCGGACUUGAAUAUGCACACCUGAGGUCUCGUGACAUGCAGAUUUCAGGGACAGGAAGUGGACUUCUGCAUUCCUCUGGAGGCCCAGGUGCUCCUGUGGCCCAAUGGGAGCAGUAGAUAACUCUUCCCGCAGCCCGUGUGCUUUUACAGGUUUCUCUGGAGAGAAAGCCACCUCACUCUGUUGGGGACAGUGCCUGUGAGCCCCGCGUGAGGGCAGGGACCAUGUCUGUUCUGUUUGUCACUGUAGCGCAGGGUUAUGAGCUCAGAUGUGUCCAAGGGCCGGCCAAAGAGCAAAAGAAUGAAGCUGAUCAGUAGAAAAGAGGUAGCAGUUGGUCCCUUGAAGCAGGUAAGGGAGUGCUCUGGUGGACCAGCAAAAGGCUGCUGUGGGCCGUUUGUUACUAUCCUGCCUGGCAGCAUCCUCAUUUGUCUAGAAAAGUCAGAUAUCUGGAUGUUUAUAGGAAGCCUCCACUUGCAGUUUUUGGCCAUGAAUUAAAGUUUAAAUCCUGUGCUGGGUCCUACCGCAGCGCAGGUCCUCUGAGCUCCAUCCAGCUCAUGUGUCACCUCCGCUUCUGCUCCGUGCCUGGGCCCCAGUAGAUACUAACUAAUAGCUGGGAAGCUGCCCCCGAGAGCCGUGAGUGCCCAGCGCUGUUUCAGAUGGACACUCGAGGUUGUAUUAGGUCAUUUAAUCCUCACAACAACCUUGGGAGCUAGGUAUGGUUACUACCCCUCACGUUCAGAUGUCAGGUGACUUCCCCAAGGUCACACAGAUAAUAAGUUGUGGAGCCGGAUCGGGUCCAGGCAGUCUGGCUCCAGAGCUAGUGCUGGAAGGUCUGUUCUGGUUCUAAAAAAAAAGGUGCCAUUGUGCAUAGGCAGACAUAGCGUCUAGGGGUAGGAAUGAACUAGGUCUCAUUUAACCAAAGAUUUCUGGUUGAAAUAAGUAUCACUUGAGCUGAGCAGCAAGGAUAGGCACCACCUCUGCCUUCUGCCAUGUGCCUGAGGUCCAGGGUGACCAUGGUCCUCAUUAACUUGAUGUCCUAGACCUUUUAGCAUGUGUCUUGGAUUUCUCGUUUUUUAAAACAAUUCUAGAAUUUUAUUAAAAAUAGUUUUUGAAGUGGAAUUUUUAUAGUUUCUUAAUAAAACCUUUGUUGUCAAAAAAUUAUCAAUAUAAUUUAUUUUUGGCACUCCCUUUUACUUCUCAAGAGGUAUCUUCAUUUGAAUGGUGUUCAUGGUCACCCUCCCAGGGCCCAGCCAGAGCUCAGCCAUUGUUUGAACUUAUCUAAGAGGUGCUAAUUAAAAUGGGGAUGAUUGUUGAUUUAUUGGAACAGCCUCCAUUAAGAUGAAUAGAAUGUCCUGAAUUGCCUUUGUACCAUGUUGUUGGGUCUUUGAUAGGAACAUUGUUGGUUUGGGGAUUUAAAAAUUUUUUUUUUUUUUUUUUUUAGGAAAAGGACCACACGUACAUUGUAAAAAAAUUUCAACUUUUCCCUGUGUAUUCUUUUCUGAGACUCACAGCAUUAUUCUUAAAUUUUUAUUUUGAAAUACACAAUAUAGAAAAUUAUUUUUUAAACAGUUUAUCGAGGUAUAAGUAACAUCACCAUUACUUUUUAAAUAUUACAGAGAAAGACAACCAAAGACACUACCUACCCCCAGAUUGUGUGUACAAAAACCAAUUUCUGUGGAUAUUUUUCUUUGUGAAAAAUCGUAUGGACUUUUAUAAAUAUUGCUUCUAACACAAUUCUAUAUUUGUAAAUUAAUUUAUAAUGUGAACUGGGACAGAACUUUUUUUUCCCCAAGAAAGUACACUGCAUGCUGACAAUCACAUGAAAUAAACUCUUAAGUGGGAUGAUUUCUAA